AUGCAAAAAGUCAUCUGCUUUUUCAAGUCCUUUCUAUCUAUCUCCAUUUUAUUACUAAACCUCCCACUCUUGUUUGUCAGCCGACUACCCACAUACAUUUUUUUUAAAUCUAUCCGCUCCUCCCUUUCUCUCUCAGUCUCUCUCUACCUAUCUACUUCUCUCUUCACGUUUGAUUGCCUAUUCUCUUUCUUCUUUUCUUUCAGUCUUUAUUUGAUUCUUUAUACCUCCUUUUCUUUUUCUCAUUGCAUCUUAAUGUCCUCUCCCUCACCUCUCAUUGCAUUUUUCAUUUCCUCUCUAUCUUUUUCUCUCUUCGUGUCUUUCUACUUAUUCUCUGUUCUUCUUUUUACCGCCUUUUCUCUCUCUCUCUCUCUCUCUCUCUCUCUCUCUCUUAUCUUCAUUUAUCUCUUUUCUACCGUCGCUUUUUUUCUUCUUUCUCUACACCGUCUCAUUGCAUUUCAACGACAUGCCCAUUUUCUCUCUUUCUCUCUUUUUCAGCCAAUAGCGUCACCCCCCCAACUUCCAACCCCUUUGAUUUACAACCCCGAUCCGUGCACUGACAAUAUGUCCGCUGAGAGUGGAACGUCGGACACAGCCAGAUUUUCCCCAACACAGCCGGAUAGUCCUCCUGCAACAAACACCUCUGAAAACAUCGACAAUGUACCAGCUUCCGACAGUAUACAAAAUGAAGGAACCGAAGAACAACAGUAUGAUGGUACACAAUACCAAGAACCUGAAGAACAGCAAUACGGAGGUUCACAGUAUCAGGGUUCCGGAGAACAACAGUAUGAUAGCCCACAAUACCAGGGCUCAGGUGACCAGCAAUAUGACACCACACAAAACGAAGAUACGGUAGAACAACAAGAAGAUACAAGUGGUGAUAUGACAGGCGUUACGGAUGAACAAUACGCCAUGUCACCCGAACAAGCUGCAGAAAGAGGUUCAAGCGGUCAGUCAAGUCCUCGAGCCGAAAUUACCGAUGAGCCGACAGGAGAAGCUGACAUUGAGGGUGGAGUACGCACCCCAACUGGAAGUACCGGGAGCGGAGGAUAUCCUCAACAGAUAGCCUCUCCGAGUGCCUCUCCAGGUGCCUCUCCAGGUGCCUCUCCGGGUGCCUCUCCGGGUGCCUCUCCAGCUGCCCAUGAAGAAUGGAUGGGUGAGAGAUCUAGUGUCGGUGCCGAAAAUUCCCCAUCUCCCGGCUCGCCCAUGAUGGAAGGUAAGAUUGCUAGCCCUGAGCAAAGACAAGAUAUGUCAGAGGUUAGCAUGAGUGAUACAAUGAUGAGUGGAGGUGGAGAUGACGUCGAAGGUACUGAUGACGCUGAUGUCGGCUAUACAGAGGCUGGAUACGGAGACGACACCUCUAUGAUGUCAGGUGGUAUGGAGAACGUUAAUAUCACGGAUGACACUGACAUGGGAGGUGAGUUUUUGAGGGACCCUCUAUGUACAGAAACGGGCAUUCAGAUGACCAUGAAUGUGGGCAAGGUCCUAGAUGACGUUAGCGAAGACGCCGACGAAAUUACAGAAGAAGUGACCACCGUGACUGGCAUAAGCGUAGUCACAACGCAAGUGACGGAAACAAUCACUUCAGUACCCUUGAACAUUACGGACGAACAAGCCGACGAGGCGUCUUACGAUGACGAAGACGUGGACACCAUCGAACAAGAGAAGGCGUAUGCUAGCUUUACGCAAGUUACGGUGGAAACCACGUAUGAGGGGCUCACGGGCGUUAGCAGCGAAAAUGCCGCAGAAACUGUGAUGGAGAGCAUUGCCGGGGAGAUGAUGGAAAAAGAUAGAAGUGAAAUGAUUCCCGAAAAAGAAUAUGAGUCUCUCUCAAGCGGUAUCACUGAGUACACUGUUAGGAUACUGCCCGGCGGAAUUGUUGAGAAGACAGAAGAAUUCACGUAUCCAGGAAUGGCCAGCGUCUAUGGUAUGGACCAAGAAUCGAGAUACGAAAGAUUGGCGAUGGAAGCCGAAACCCGCAAACAAAGCUUAGCCCGGGGAAAUUUAGGAUAUCACCUCAUAUUUCUCAUCCCUUCAAUGACUAACUCUCUUCUGAUUUCUUCUCUUUUUAUUUAUUCUUUUCUCCUUUCUCCUUUUUGUCUUUAUUUCCUUUUUUCCUUUUCACCUCUCUCUCUUUGA